AUGUCGGAGGAGUUGGCUGCCUUCUGGUCCUCAGGGAAACAGGUGAAACUCACGCCUCGCUGGCAGAAGAACGGAAAGAGUGUUCAACCCUCCCAGCAAUUCACCGUGGGACAAACCGUGGACGAACUGGACGAGCUGAUUUUGAAGCACCUGCAUCAAACCGGCACCCUGAGGGACCCAAUGCCGUCCACCGCGGACCUCAAGAGGAGUUACAGCUACCAGUACGUGAAGGAUGAUGACGACCAGGAUCAGACCUACAACACUGUGUUUGAAUGGGCUCUCCAGGAGAACAUGGCGGCCCUGGAGCGCCUCUCCAGAACGAACCCCGAGCAGCUGAGACAGAGGGAUGUGGGCGGAGCCAGUCCGAUGCACUACGCCACAGCGGGGCGGAGUUUCCGUGCCAUGGAGCUCAUUGUCAAGGUGGUCGGCCUAGAGGAGCUCAAUGCCAAGGAUGAGCAGGGCGACACCCCCCUGCACUGGGCAGUGGAGCGGAACCAGGCGGAGACUUGUGAGGCUCUGCUAAGGAUGGGUGCAGAUCCCAACCUGCUCAACGCUGCCCUCUUGUCACCUCUGCACCUGGCUGUCAACCUGCGGCACAACGCCCUCAUCAGCGUGCUCCUUUCUGAGAGAAAAACUGAUGCCAAUUUGGAGGGUCACCUUGGGAACACAGCUGUCAUGCUGGCCUGCUCAAUCGACAACUGCGAGGCGCUCAGCAUCCUGUUCAAACACGAUGCAGUCAUGUGUCGUCAGAACAAGCUGGGACAUUUCGCCGUCCACGCAGCUGCCUUUGCGGGUUCAAAAAGAGCCAUGGAGGCCAUUCUAAAGAGAGGUGACGAGAAGGGCCACGUCGUGGAGGAGCACAUCAACUACCUGGACAAGUCCUUCUGCAGCCCUUUGCACCUCGCUGUGCGUGGAGGGAACAUAGAUGUCAUAAAACUGUGCAUUUCGAAGGGAGCAAAAAUCGAUCAGCAGCAGUGUGACAAAUCCACACCGCUGCACCUGGCCUGCACCCAAGGAGCGCUGGAGGUUGUGAAGGUCAUGCUCUCAGCCUACGACCGAGCGGAGGACAUCAUCAAUAUUACUGACGGGGCACUUCAGACCCCCCUGCACAGGGCAACCAUAUUUGAUCAUGUGAAGUUGGCAGAAUUUCUGGUCCUGAAGGGGGCACACAUCGACUGCACUGACUGUAAGGGCUACUCCCCCCUGCUGCUGGCAACCAGCUGUGGAUCCUGGAAGACCGUGACUCUGUUACUGUCACAUUGUGCCAGUCUGAAGAUAACAGACAAUUCCGGCUGCAACUUCUUGCAUCUUGCUGUUUUGCAGCCAAAGGGGCUGAAGAAUCUGUCAGAGGAGAUUCUACAGAUGGAAGGUGUGAAAGCGCUUCUGAGUGAGGAGGACCAUGACGGCUGCACUCCCCUGCACUACGCUUGCAGACUCGGCAUCCUGGACUCUGUUAAGAACAUACUGGGCCUCAAUGUCUCUCUGGGACAGAAGUCCAAGGAGAAGAAGUCUGCCCUUCAUUUUGCAGCUGAGUUUGGACGGAUCAACACGUGCCAGAGGCUUCUGGAAAACAUGACAGAUACGAAACUUCUCAACGAGGGCGAUGAGAAAGGCUUGACCCCUCUUCAUCUAGCAUCCCGUGGUGGACAUAUCAAAGUAGUUGAGCUUCUGCUGAGGAAAGGUGCUUUGUUUCACAGUGAUUACAAAGGCUGGACAUGUCUGCACCAUGCAGCCGCUGAGGGUUACACGCACACCAUGACAAUCCUCUUGAAUUCAAAUCUGAAACUGCUGGACAAAACAGAUGAAGAAGGGAGCACCGCACUGCACAUGGCAGCCAGGGAGGGUCACACGGCUGCUGUGAGGCUGCUGCUCAAGAAGGGAGCCAAGAUCACACUGAACAAGAAUGAUGCUUCGUUCUUGCAUGAAGCAGUGUAUCAUGGGAGAAAGGAGGCCACCAAUGCUAUCAUUGAGAGCAACAGAUGUGAAGAGGCCCUCACCAUAUUCAAGAGGGACUCGUCAAGAAACUGCCCUGUGAUCAGCAUGAUAGAAAUGCUGCCGGAGUCGUGCAAGUGUCUCCUGGACAAGUGUGUCAAGGAGUCUGAAGACGAUGUCAACAGCUGCAACUACUCUGUCCAGUAUAAUUUCCAGUGGCUACAAGCACCAAUUCAGUUUGUCAGCCAGUCUGAAAAAGAGAAAAACAAAAAAGUUCAACCCCUCUGGGCUCUCAAUACUAUGGUGCGCUAUAAUCGCAUUGAACUCCUAACUCAUCCUGUCUGCAAGAAAUAUCUCGAAAUGAAAUGGAAUGCGUACGGCAUUAAAGCUCACAUGCUCAACCUAGCCAUCUACUGCCUUGGUCUGCUGCCUCUGUCCUUUCUCAUCGUGACCAUGAGGCCCAAAGUCAACAUGACCACCAAUGGAACCUCCAUCAACAAGGUCUUCACCUCUCUGGACAAGCAGAGCUACAGCCAGACUGCCUGUAUCUUCCUUGUUCUGGCCAUGAGUGUCUAUAACGUUGGCAAGGAGGUCAUGCAGAUUGUACAGCAGCGAGCCAGCUACUUUCGUGACUUGUCAAAUGUCCUGGACUGGUAUGCAGCCGUCUCCUCACUGCUCUUUGUGAUCCCGAUGCUGUUCAACGUCGAGGGGGUGAUGUACUGGCAGGCGGGGGCCUGGGCUAUCCUCGCCUCCUGGGUCAACUUCCUGUUGUACUUUCAGAGGUUCGAACACUUUGGAAUCUACAUUGUGAUGUUCCAAGAGAUCUUCCACACCUUCAUAAGUAUCAUAAUCCUCUUCUUCUUCCUGUUGCUUGCUUUUGCCAUGGGGUUCUACGCACUCAUGGACGGCCAGAAACAUUUUGACCGACCGGACCUCAGCGUGAUGCAGACGUUUGUCAUGAUGGUGGGGGAGAUAAACUACCAGGAAAAUUUCCUCCGUCCAUACCUGAACGACAGCCUGCCCUUCCCCCAUGAGGCGUAUGCCCUGUUUGUGUGGUUUGUUCUCAUGAUGCCCAUCCUGCUGAUGAACCUGCUGAUCGGUUUAGCUGUAGGGGACAUUGCAGAGAUACAGAGGAAUGCCGCGCUGAAGCGAAUUGCGAUGCAGAUUGAACUUCACACCAGUCUGGAGGAGAAAAUGCCACGCUGGUAUCUAAGACAUGUGGACCAAGACUCUGUGACAGAGUUCCCCAACCGGAACUGCCAGUCCAAGGUGAGUCAAGCAGAUACACGGUUCUGGAGCUGGGGAGACCAGAAUGCGGUCCGUACUCGCCUGAGUUCACCUAAUCCCCAGUUAUCUCCGCUAGAGCAGGAGAUAAGCAAGCAGAAGUGCAGAUUGAAGGAAAUGUCCCAGGUCUUGGAGAAACAGCACAGCCUUUUGAAGCUCAUCAUCCAGAAGAUGGAGAUCUCUACAGAGGCUGAGGAACCUGAUGGCCCCCAGAAGUUUCGGGAAAAUCCAGUGAAGCAGGUGGUUCCUAAAUGCAGCAAGUGGGCCCCACUACUGAGAGCUGUGACUCGCAGGAAGUGA